UGGUAGGCUACUUGUUCAUAUCUCUUCCCUCUUGGAAACGCAACUGCCUGAGAUUCACAGUCCGCUUCAUUACCUGAAGAUAGUCUGUCUAAAUCCUCGCGCAACUAGAUAAGCUCAAGCAACAUUAAUGGCAAGUUUACUUGGUUUCUUUGUCGUUUCUUCUCACACAAAACCUAUCAAGUUGGAAGGGAAAGACAAAUCCAAAACGAGCUAUGUAGGAUGAUGAGAGGAACAGAGCAUGACUCUUGUACAGAAAAAUAGGGGACACAUGCGUAUAUAGGCAGGCAUGACAGUGAGUUUCAGGCUAAACAUUAAUCAGGUGGGUGUGUGUGAGUGAUUUCAAGUCAUUGAUGGAAAAGAUGUAGACAUAUUAGCCAUUCUUCACAUGAUUACUGUCCCACUCCCAAACACAAAACAAAAGCACUCAAGUACUCCUCCACUAGUAACACUUGGUGCAUAUAUCAGUUAGAAAAUUUCUUCCUUCUCUCUCUCUACAACCUGUAGUCUCAAGCUGUCUAUAAAUUGGACAUGAAUGGGGCUGCUGCAAUUCCAAGCAUGAGCAAGAGAAGAGAUUCAUUAGACACAGGCAUGGAGUGCUCUAAUGGAGCUGCAGCAACUCUCAGAGAUGUUUCUCUUCAGGAAAUUAGCAGAAGGCUUGCUGAGUUUGCUGAGCUCAGAGGAUGGGAUCAGUAUCACAGUCCUAGAAACCUGCUUUUAGCUCUUGUAGGAGAAGUGGGAGAGCUAUCUGAGAUAUUCCAGUGGAAAGGAGAAGUAGAAAAGGGCUUACCCAAUUGGAGUAGAGAUGAUAAAGAGCAUUUAGAAGAAGAACUUUCUGAUGUUCUGCUCUAUCUGGUUCGUCUUGCAGAUGUGUGUGGCCUUGAUCUUGGUCAAGCUGCUCUCACUAAGAUUGUCAAGAAUGCCAAGAAAUAUCCUGUUAAAAUCCAAACAACCAACAAAGCUUCUUCUUAGAUACAUGUAAUGUAAUGUAAUAGCUAGAUGUGUCAUGGAUGAAUGAAUGAGCUAAUAAAGAUUUAUCAGAGGUGGUUGUUUUAGGCAAGAAAAAUUUACCGAGGCACCUAGUUUCAUGAGCUUUCAUUAGUUGUUUGGAGUUCUAGGGAAUUUCACAGAAAUCCACCUACCUGCGCAAUUAGUUUAUGAGCAUUCACUGUCGUUUUCUUAAUGUGUCUGUGAUGUUUAUGAAAGUGGGCAUCUCUGUAAUUUUCCUUUUUGUUUGUUGUUGUUUUAACUUGCCUUUCUUUUAAAGUUGUGGAGGUUGAGAGUUGAAACUGAGUCCACCUAUUCCUUUACCCCUUUGUCAGGAAUCAGUUCAAGAUGUAAAAGAAAAUUGGUCUUUCUGUUA